AUGAUGAUCCGUCUAAACAACUUCUUAUAUGUUUUUAAUCUACGUCAAGGCACAAUAUUAAUCGCCGUCCAUCAAAUUGCGCUAUCAUCUUUUGUGCUCAUAAUAUUAUUAGUUGGGAUAUCUCACCUUGGACAGAUGUUACAAUUGCUUCACAACGACAUGAAAGAUGAAGAAGAACGACGAGGUUUUUACGGUGUGGGUUACGGAGAUCAAGUGAUAUUUCACGAGAGUGAUGUGAUUAGUACUAACAAUCAGGCGAGAUUUGUCAAAGCUCAGCAUCUUGCUUCAGAUUUUGGGUGUGCGAUAUUCGUGUUAACGUUUAUCUACGCCAUAUGUGCUGUGAGCAGUUUCGCCCUCGAAACUGGAGGACAAUGCUCGCAGGCUGUAACUAAUAACGACGAGAGAGGAGAACGCUUACUUCUGCUUGACCAUGUUGCUCAUUCUAGCUUGCUUUCUGCAGCGCAACUGAACAAACUAUCUCAUGGCACUAGAACUCAGUUCGUCUAA